AGCAAGCACUGUUCUUUUCAUUGUUUUGCCAACUUCCUAUCCGAUUCUCCAUAGUAAAACAUUUUGCUUCGAUCUCUCCAAGGAAUUUUAUAACAAAAAUGGUUUUCAAGGUAUCGAAAGUGUCAACUACGCCGUUCGACGGUCAGAAACCCGGGACAUCUGGCCUCCGCAAGAAGGUGAAAGUUUUUAUUCAACCUCAUUAUUUGCAAAAUUUCGUUCAGUCAACAUUCAAUGCCCUUACAUCAGAGAAAGUUAGAGGUGCCACACUUGUUGUUUCUGGUGAUGGCCGUUAUUACUCAAAGGAUGCUAUUCAGAUAAUAAUCAAGAUGUCAGCUGCAAACGGAGUAAGGCGUGUUUGGGUUGGUCAGAAUGGAUUACUUUCAACUCCUGCUGUAUCAGCUGUGAUUCGCGAAAGGGUUGGUGCAGAUGGAUCCAAAGCAACUGGAGCCUUUAUUUUGACAGCUAGUCACAAUCCAGGUGGCCCUCAUGAGGAUUUUGGAAUUAAAUACAAUAUGGAAAAUGGUGGACCUGCUCCAGAGGCCAUCACUGAUAAGAUUUUUGAGAACACAAAAACAAUAACUGAAUACUUGACUGCUGAUGACCUACCAAAUGUAGACAUCAGUGCAACUGGUAUUAGAAGCUUUGAGGGGCCUGAAGGACAAUUUGAUGUUGAGGUUUUUGAUUCAGCAAGUGACUAUGUGAAAUUGAUGAAGUCAAUUUUUGAUUUCGAGCUCAUCCGCAAGCUGCUUUCAUCUCCCAAGUUUACAUUCUGCUAUGAUGCACUGCAUGGAGUUGCUGGAGCUUAUGCAAAUUGCAUCUUUGUGGAGGAGCUUGGAGCACAAGAAAGUUCACUUUUGAACUGCGUUCCCAAGGAGGACUUUGGAGGCGGGCAUCCCGACCCUAAUCUGACGUAUGCAAAGGAGUUGGUUGCUCGGAUGGGAUUGGACAAAUUGAACGCUGAAGUUGAACCACCAGAGUUUGGUGCUGCUGCUGAUGGUGAUGCUGAUCGUAACAUGAUCCUGGGAAAAAGGUUCUUUGUCACUCCAUCAGAUUCAGUUGCUAUCAUUGCUGCCAAUGCCGUUGAUGCAAUUCCUUACUUUUCUUCUGGUUUGAAGGGAGUUGCCAGGAGCAUGCCCACUUCAGCUGCCCUUGAUGUUGUGGCCAAGCACUUGAAUCUGAAAUUUUUUGAGGUACCCACUGGCUGGAAAUUUUUUGGCAAUUUAAUGGAUGCUGGAAUGUGUUCCAUUUGUGGAGAAGAAAGUUUUGGAACUGGUUCUGACCAUAUACGCGAGAAGGAUGGAAUUUGGGCCGUUUUGGCUUGGCUUUCAAUACUUGCAUAUAAAAAUAAGGAUAAUCUCGAUGGAAAUAAACUUGUAACUGUUGAGGAUAUAGUCCGCCAGCAUUGGGCUUCCUAUGGUCGACAUUAUUAUACUCGAUAUGACUAUGAGAACGUGGAUGCUGGUGCUGCAAAAGAUUUAAUGGCAUAUCUGGUCAAAUUGCAGUCAUCUCUCGAUGAAAUUAAUGCUAUAGUGAAGGGGGCUCGUUCGGACGUGUCAAAUGUUGCGAGUGCUGAUGAAUUUGAAUACAAGGAUCCUGUUGAUGGUUCUAUUUCAAAGCACCAGGGCAUUCGGUUUUUGUUCGAAGAUGGGUCACGAUUGGUGUUCCGUCUCUCUGGAACUGGAUCAGAAGGCGCGACCAUCCGUCUCUACAUUGAGCAGUAUGAAAAGGAUUCUUCAAAAACCGGAAGAGAGUCCCAAGAAGCACUUGCUCCUCUUGUGGAGGUUGCCCUAAAACUUUCAAAGAUGCAGGAGUUCACUGGCCGAUCUGCUCCUACCGUUAUAACAUAGAUCCAUAUACUACGAGUUACGGGUUGCCUGGUUCGACAAACAUAAGUACACUUCUCAAUCCCUGUUUUAGUAGCCUCCGUUUAUGUCUUUCCGCACGGGUACCAUGUGUGUACAGGGAGCGUGUAAUAAAUGACGGAUACUGCUAACUCAUCAAAAAACAAAAUUACAGGGUUCA